GAGUGCGGAAAUAGCUGCGCGUCGUAAUUUUAGUGGAAUCGGGGCAACGCGGCCGCGGCCCGGAAUAGCGGCGCGUGCGUCUUCCCGCUGUCAAUUUCGUCCGGAUAGGGUGCACGAUUAGCAGUUACCGGCGGCUCUCCACCGAGCCCCGAGCCCGUGGAUGCAUUUCCCCGCCCUGGCUCGCUCCCGAACUGCACGGUUGCAUAAGUGUUACAUACCUACAACUAUGUGUGUGAAAAGCUCGCUACGUGUCCAGCAAGUGAAUCUGUUCUCUCCAGUGUUUUAAGUUUUAACCUCCAGGAUUAACUCAAAACUAAGAUGUUAAAAGGCCGGGGUCGUGCCUCGGUGGGAACUCCGCAGUUCCCGCGGCCGGCGCCGGGGACACCACAGUUCGCACGCCAGAUGCCGGGCGAGCCGCAAACUCGCCAAGUAGCCAGCACGCCACAGUUCGCACACCAGGCUGCGCCUACGCCGCGCGUGCCCCUUGCCAAGCCGGAGCCAGACUACGAGGUGGUGGAGUUCCCUGCCGAGGAAUAUGUCAACGCCAAGCUACAGCCACCGCCUACGCCUCCGAGACCGCCAACAGGUCACCCAGUGGAUGCCGGCGCCUCAUGCGGGCUGUGCGGCGGCGGCGGCGCGCGCGUGCGCUGCGCCGAGUGCGGCCGCCGCGCGCUCUGCGCUUCCUGCGACGACAUGUACCACCGCCAUCCCAAGCGCAGGAACCACCAGAGACAGGCUUUGUCCGUGACGCAGUUACGCGAAGAGCAGCGUCCGCCGCUGCCGCCCAAAACUACCGCUCCAGUACCACCGCCUCGACGGCACAAGAUUAGCGGUGACCGAUCAAGUGCUAGCCCUAGGCCUCCCGUACAAGAGCAGCCACGUCGAGCUACGCUCGGUUCCAUCAACACUAUGACUGCACAAAAUCAAGCACCGGCACGACCUUUAAGCAACCACGGUGUGCCGCAGCCCAUUCCGCCCCACCUGAGCAAGAUAUUGCCGCCGGCGCCUUCCGCUCAUGUCGGCAGCAUGCCUUAUUUGCCGACUAGUCAGCUUCAAGCUGCCGCUCCUGCGCCUCAAGCUAUGCCGUACCACAAUAACACGAUGGGUCAUGUGGCGCAGACGUGGGGGCGGCCCAGAGACUCGCUGCCGCCUUAUAACGUGCCGACGAACAUGCAUGUUCAACAGCCUAUGAUGCAUGAACCAUGGGACGGACCCGAGAUGCUAUCUCAAGCUCAGACCUGGGGCCGGCCCAUGCGCCGCGGCGCCUCGGUGCUGGAGCUGGGCCAGCCGGCGCCGCCGUGCGCGGGCUGCGCGCACUGCGCCGGCGCGGCGUGGCGCUACGGCAGCUGCGCCAGCCUCGACCCCGGCCCGUGGGGCUGGCAGUGUUGCCCGCCGCAGCAUAUGCAUCCGCACGCUCAUAUGCACUCGACGAUGACACCUCAACCUUAUCGCAGAGCCGACAGCCGCGCAAUGUCUCGCGCGGCGUCCCGCGCCGGCUCGCGCGCCGCUUCUCCCGCCAUGAGCGUGCGCUCGCGCGCGUCGCGCCGCACCAAGCACCGCACGCCGUCGCCGCCGCCGCUGCCGUCCAGCGACGCCGACUCCGAGAGCGAGCAGAGUGACCAUCUCGAACCGCCCAAACCGCAAAGUCCUGCCAAGAAAACUGUUCAGCCUAAAGUCCAAAGUCCGGUGCGGAUAGCUGAAAAUCCAUCCGAAGUAGAAGAAGACAGUUUAGGCCCAGCACCCCCGCCGCCGGACUCGUCGUGGCAGUGCGAGCACUGCACGUUCGUGAACGAGCCGGGCGAGCGCGUGUGUGCGGUGUGUUGCCGCACGCCGACCACGGCGCCCAAGGUCGUAGCCAACGGCGCCGCUGACGCCGUGGCGAACCUACACAUCUCCGACCCGGCUGGGUCAGGUGCCACUCGCCAGAAACAAAGAGCGCACUGCACGUUCAUGAACGAGCCGGACGAGCGCGUGUGCGCGGUGUGUUGCCGCACGCCGACCACGGCGCCCAAGGUCGUAGCCAACGGCGCCGCUGACGCCGUGGCGAACCUACACAUCUCCGACCCGCACUGCACGUUCAUGAACGAGCCGGACGAGCGCGUGUGCGCGGUGUGUUGCCGCACGCCGACCACGGCGCCCAAGGUCGUAGCCAACGGCGCCGCUGACGCCGUGGCGAACCUACACAUCUCCGACCCGCACUGCACGUUCAUGAACGAGCCGGACGAGCGCGUGUGCGCGGUGUGUUGCCGCACGCCGACCACGGCGCCCAAGGUCGUAGCCAACGGCGCCGCUGACGCCGUGGCGAACCUACACAUCUCCGACCCGCACUGCACGUUCAUGAACGAGCCGGACGAGCGCGUGUGCGCGGUGUGUUGCCGCACGCCGACCACGGCGCCCAAGGUCGUAGCCAACGGCGCCGCUGACGCCGUGGCGAACCUACACAUCUCCGACCCGCACUGCACGUUCAUGAACGAGCCGGACGAGCGCGUGUGCGCGGUGUGUUGCCGCACGCCGACCACGGCGCCCAAGGUCGUAGCCAACGGCGCCGCUGACGCCGUGGCGAACCUACACAUCUCCGACCCGGCUGGGUCAGGUGCCACUCGCCAGAAACAAAAUGGCGAGGUACCCAAAGUCCAGUCGAAAAAAGAGAAGUCUUCUACCGCUUGCGGCCCGUCGCCGCCGAGGGAAAACAAAGCUAGGCAACCAACAAGCCGACUCGUUACGCCGGUGCGGGACGUGAACGACCAGUCUCGGCGACACGACAUGGCCGUGGGGCCAUCGCCGCCCAAGGAAGUUCGGAAUAGGGAAGUCAAUGGCAGAACAACUUAUAAUGGAAAUGAACCAGCGCGGCACAGCGUCUCCGUCGGUCCAUCACCGCCUCGCGAGGAAACCCGAACUUCUGUAGCGAGAAUACCGCCUGAACAUACAACACGGCACACCAUCUCCUCGGCGGUGGGGCCUUCACCGUCACGAGAGAGUACGAACCAAAAAAAGUCCGCUGGCGCUUCCCCACCUCGGGGAAGCGUUGACAGCCGCGGCCGGUCGCCGUUCAGUCGGUCGAAAGUUUCCAAUACCGGUACAUCACCACCACCUCAAAGUAUUUCAACUCAGACGUAUGAAGUUCCAUCACCAUGGGAGCGCGAGCGUGAGCGAGAAAAAGAACGCGAGCGAGAGAAGGAACGCGAGCGAGAGAAGGAACGUGAGCGAGAGAAGGAACGCGAGCGGGAAAAGGAGCGCGAGCGAGAACGGGAACGUGAACGAGAGCGAGAAAGGGAAAAGGAGAGGGAACGAGCUCCAUCGGUCCCGCGGUCGCGCUCCCGUCGGCGGUUCCGGGACGAAGCUCGCCGCGAACGCUCGCACAGCAGGCAUUCGCUAUCCAGUGACACACGGGAGAGCGAGCGCAGCGUGCGCACCACCGGGCGCUGGGAGUGGCGCUCGACCGCGACGCGCUCGCCGCGCGACAGCAGCCCGACGGCGACGGCCGACAGCGACGCCGGCCGCCGUCGCCUCACGCGCCGCGCCUCGCACCUCGACCUGCGCCCGCAGCGCCAGCAGCGCCGCUCCAGCUUCUACGGCUCCGAGGCGGCGUCCCCUGAGCCGCUGGCAUACAACCGCACGGUGUCAAUGGAGGGUCUGGGGGUGGGCGCGGCGCGCGAGGCGGAGCGCGGGCUGGAGCUGGCGCGGCUCAUGGACGCGGCCGAGCGGCUCGGCUUCAGCGCGGCGGAGGUGCAGGCGGCACUGGCGCAAAGCCCCGCAGCACCCCUCGCAUGGCUGCGCGCGCGCUGGCCGAGCCUGGUGGCGGGCGUGCAGGCGGCGGCGGCGCGCCUGGCGGCCGGCGCCAGCGUGUCGGAGCUGGAGGCGCGCGCGGCGUUGGCGCGCCAUCGCGCCGCCAUGUGGCCCGCCGUCACCGAGUGCGUCGAGCGCCACCGCCGACAGGCGGAGGAGGAGGGCAGCGUCGGUGAGGAGCGGCGGCUGCGCGGGCGCGUGUGGGGCUCGCCGGCCGGCGCCGACGUGGACGCCGCGCCGCCCCCCUCGCCGCCCCCCUCGCCGCCGCCGCCCGCCCACCGACUAGUGCGCGCAGACGACAGUUCAGAUGAAUUCGAAGAGCCGAUACCGAAAACAUUUCAAGAUGAUGAUUGGAUGUACUUACCACUCCCGGCUAAAACUCCGAGCCUGUUCGACAUGGAUCUUGACAGGGAUGUUUGGAGUUUACCCGUUCACAAUAAGCUGGACAAUUUAGGAAAUAAUAUUGCUUCGGUUCCGAUAGAUUUCGCAUCGGUUCCACCAGACUUUGCUUCAGUUCCGAUAGAUUUUGCUUCAGCUCAUUUCGCUUCUAUUCCGGCUAGUAGUAAGGUAAAGCCAGAGAAACCUAUUACUGCUCCUGAUAUUCCAAACACGCAAGAGAAAGUAGACGCAAUAGAUACUGAAGAUAUAGCUCAAAAAUUAAAAGCGUUACUUUUACAAGCAGGGAUCCCGUCCAUCAAUGAAAAUUUACUUUUGAAAGGUUUACUAGCAGAUAACAAUAAUCUGGAACAAAGCAAAGAUGCUAAUACUACUUUACAUAACAAACCCGAACAAAUAUUAGAUAGCAAUAAUUUAGAAGUAAGAACAGGUGCUAAUAUUAUCGUUGAUAACAAACCACAACAAGUAGCAGAUAGUAACAACGUGAAAAAUGAAAAGGAUGCUAACAUUACUUUAGAUGUGAAACCGGAACAAACACAGUCGCUCGAUCUCGGCCAAUCCGAAAACGAUUUCAUAAAUGCUUACAAUGCAUUAACUAGGCACAGCCCUUUACCUAGUGUUACUAAUGAUACUGCUGGCGAUAUCAUAAAUUUGAAUGACUUUAAUGCUCCUCGCAAUAUAGUUACAUUGAGUAGUAAUAAUAAUUAUAACAAUGUUGAACUCCUAAAAACAACAGAAACACUACCAGCAUCUGAGCAAAACAAUGCAAUUAAGAUUGUGCCCGGUCACAAUCACACACACACGCGGGAUCACACAAAGGAUAUUAUUUCAAACAUAGCAUCGGAUAACACAGUGCAAAAAGCUGCGUCUAGUGUUAGUGAUAAAGUAAAGACUGGAACAGAAAUAUUAAACAAUGUUGAAACUACCCAAACGAAUUUUGAGACUAGAAAUCACACUUCUGUUAAACAUACUAUAAAGUCGAGAAAUAGAUUAGUUAAGGCAAAUAAGUCACAAACAAAUACAACAGAACGCGACAAUCCUAUCAUAGACAAUGAUAAAUCAAAGAAUUUGAACGAUAUUGUAGAUAAUACACAAAAACUUAUCCAGCAAAUGAAAGCUGAAAUUAAUUCAGACAUUAAUUCUCUCGAUGAUUCAAACUCGUCACAAAGUGAGGCUGAUAAUAGUUCUAAUGACUCUGAUUUAUCAACUGAUCAUGAAUCUUCAUUCAGUGAAUCCGAUGAAGAAACAGAGGACUUAACUACAGAAAAUAAAGAUUAUACAAGUAGUGAAAAUGAAGAAGAAGAAGGAAUGCAGCAAGAUACCGAUAAAGGCACUCCAGUCUUAGAUAGGACUAGUUCUGAGGAAAACGAACAAUUUGAAGAAGCAAUGGAUCAUAUAGAAGCACAAACCGACGCCAUUCAACAAACAAAUUUUGAAAUACUAAAUUCCAUUGCACGGAGCCUUCAAGAAGAACAUACGAUAUCUAUUCAGUUAGGAUCAGAAACGGAAAAAACAGAAACACCUCCAAAGCGUCAGGACGUCAACAACAAUCUUGCUACGGUUAAUACCUUCGAAGAGAUUUAUGAAGAAUUAAGCACGGACAAACCUGUCAUACCGGAAUCACAAAAAACUAACUCUGAACAAGACUCUAUGAUACCAAAAAUCGAAAAGCCGCCUUAUAUUAAACAAGACAUAAACCUUAUGGUUUUCAAGCCUGUACCAGCAUUGGGAGCAACAGUAAAUGAAAAUAUACUACCGAUAAUUAAUGCAACUAUUGAAGAAUUACCAUUCGUAGAUGAACCACUUGAAACCCAUUAUGAUAUGUUAGAUAAUGAAACUACCGUAGAAUUAAACAUUAAGGAAUCUUCUGAAGAAGAUAAUGAUGAUAAUGCCAUUAAUGAAGUCGUAGAAAAUAUUGCUAAUGACGCUAUUGUUGCAAUUGAAAUGGAUCGCAAAACUUCUUCUCCGUCCCCUAAUAACAUUAACACUACUGAUGAAAUUGUAGAACAACUAAUUGAAAUCACAAAUACUCUUCAACAUAAUUUGAACGAAAUUGAAAAUUCGGAAUUCUCUCAAUCUGAUAUUGCAAACACAGAUAAAGAGGAUGAAGAUAUGGAAAUGCAAAUAAAUCAUGGCAUCGUCAAUAUCACGGCUCAGACUGAGAGCAUAAGUAUACAUAACCAAGUUAUUGAAGCAGAACCAGAGUCGAGAUCUAGUACAUCCCCAGAUAAGAAAUCAUUAAGUCCUCCUAAAGAUGAGAAGAAUACCCCCACCAGGUCCAACAUACCAAAGCGUGUUAAAAUUUUGCCCAGCAUCAAACAGAAAGUAGACAAGAUUGCUCCGAAGGUACUUGUCUCCAAAGUACCUGUACGGCGAGCAUCUAUAAAACAGAAUCCCGCACCGGGUCCUCCCAAAGCUCAUUUUGGGAAUAUCAGCAGCGGCCAUGUGAAGCAGCUGCAAUCUAGGUUAUUUAAUCCAAAAACAGGAAAAGCACCAGCCCCGGCACCUCCAGCCGCAAAUAGUAUAGAGGUUAAACCGUCAACAUCGACUUUGAAUAAGAAGAAGCUUGCUCCGCAACCCCCUUCGAAAUCACAACAACUUAAACAGCCCUCUCCGCCAAAAACGCCUUCAAAAGAAAAGAAGCAGCCAUUUUUCCGCGAGACAUGUCGUACUGAAGACGAAUGGACGGAGAGUGAUUCUGACGAUUCGCAAGUGCAAGUUGUGGUCAAGCCAGAGCCGGAGGCGGAGCGACGACCGCCAUCGCCGCCGCCGCCGCUCACUUUGCGUCGUGUCUCAGGACAGCUGAUCGACUUGGCUCACGUGCGGCUUCCGGAGGGCUCACCUGAGAGACAAGCGCGUAUGCUAUUGGCCGAAGGUGCGGCCGAGAGCUGGGAGCAGGCGCAGCUGGCGGUGGAGCUGGUGGCGCGCGGCGCCGACGCGCCCGCCGCGCUCCUGGCCGCGCUCGAGUGCAUCGACCUGCCCGCCGCGCUCGCCUACCUGCACCAGGACUGCGAGCUGUGCGCCUCCCGCCUGCCCGAGCACCAGAUGGUGUCAAUGCUGCGCUGCACCCACCGCUGCUGCCGCGAGUGCGCGCGCCUGUACUUCACCGUGCAGGUGACGGAGCGCAGCGUCGUGGACUGCGUGUGCCCGUACUGCAAGGAGCCCGAGCUGGAGACGCUGGAGGAGGAUGCCUGGCUCGAGUACUUCGCGCAUCUCGACAUACUGCUCAAGGUGUUGUUGGACGCGGACGUGCACGAAUUGUUCCAGAGAAAGCUGCGAGACCGAACUCUAGCGAGAGACCCGAACUUCAGAUGGUGCGUGGAGUGUUCGUCGGGAUUCUUCGUACAUCCGAAGCAAAAGAAACUUCGGUGUCCCGAAUGUAGAUCGGUCAGCUGCGCCACUUGCAGGAAACCGUGGUCAACGAAUCAUGAAGGCCUGAGCUGCGAGCAGUACGCCGCGUGGUUAGAGGACAAUGACCACGAGCGCUCGGCCGCCGCCGUGCAGCAGCACCUCCGCGAGAACGGGCUCGAGUGCCCGCGCUGCCACUUCAAGUACUCGUUGUCCAGAGGCGGCUGCAUGCACUUCACGUGCACGCAAUGCAAGUACGAGUUCUGCUACGGCUGUGGAAAACCGUUCACUAUGGGCGCGCGCUGCGGCCUCAGCGAAUACUGCGCGCGCCUAGGCCUGCACGCGCACCAUCCGAGAAACUGUCUCUUCUAUCUGCGCGAUAAAGAGCCGCAUGAACUGCAGACGCUAUUGCAGAUGAACAACGUAACAUUCGAAGUGGAGGCGCCAGAAGGGUCUGCGCCCCGCUGCCCGGUGCAGCUGCAGCGCGAGACGCCCGCCGGGCUCGUGGACGGCGCCUGCAACGCCCUAGCGCCGCCCCAGCACGCCGGCCUCUGCAAGAACCACUACCUGGAGUACCUGAGCCGGCUGGUGCGGCGGCGCUCGCUCGACCCGCUGCCGAUCCUCGGCAUCGACGACCUGGAGACGCUCGUGAAGCGCGCGGCGCUGCGGCCGCCGCCGCGGCCCUACGGCUCGCUCGACGGCCUGUACCGGCGCGGCCUCACCGAGAUCGUAAAAGAAAAAAUACCCUUGGAUUGAUGGCCGUUUCUCUAACCUGCCUACCAUCGUACAGAUUCGAACGUCACAAGAAGCUAUUUUUUUU